GCAAUUGCAACCGACCACCCAAGCCUGUUGCAGGCAAAAUAUCCAACUCCCCCCGCGAUAUUCACGCCAUUAAACGCGUACCGUGUCACCGCGCCCAAUAUCUCCCUCUCCACCAAAACUCGUCGCAUUAGCUACAAAUCACGGAAAUCAACUCUGCCACUGCACGCGACGGCUGUCGUGUAGUGUAUUGAUACUGCGACCAUCACCGAGCUGCCCACCAGCAGCGACCUGCGUCCAAACGCGUGUUGGGGAAAGGUUCAUGGAGCUCAUCUUUGACCGGUAAAUACCGAUUCCUGGACAGACAUUGUCAUCAUGUACAUAAAACAAAUAAUUAUUCAAGGCUUUAAGUCUUAUAAGGACCAGACGGUCAUCGAGCCCUUCUCUCCCGGCACCAACGUCAUUGUUGGUCGCAAUGGCUCGGGUAAGAGCAACUUCUUCGCCGCUAUCCGUUUCGUUCUUAGCGAUGCAUACACGCAAUUGGGUCGCGAGGAGCGACAGGCUCUGUUGCACGAGGGCUCCGGGUCGGCAGUUAUGUCUGCCUACGUAGAAGUCAUAUUCGACAACAGCGACGAGCGGUUCCCCACCGGUAACAAGGAGGUAGUCCUGCGACGCACGAUCGGAUUGAAGAAGGACGAAUACUCGGUCGACAAGAAAGUGCAGACGAGGAAAGAAGUCAUGAGUCUGUUGGAGGCGGCCGGGUUUUCGAGCUCAAAUCCGUACUACAUCGUGCCACAGGGUCGCGUCACUGCCUUGACCAAUAUGAAAGAAUCGGAUCGACUGAACUUGUUGAAGGAGGUUGCCGGUACGCAUUCGUAUGAGUCGCGUAGAACAGAAUCGCUCAAAAUCAUGGCCGAGACGAACAACAAGAGAGAGAAGAUUGACGAACUGCUGGACUAUAUCAAAGAGCGACUUAGCGAAUUGGAGGAAGAGAAGGAGGAAUUGCGAGGUUAUCAAGACAAGGACCGCGAGCGCCGUUGUCUGGAAUACGCAUACCACCACAAGGAGCAAGUGGCGGUCCAGGAAGCUCUGGAAGAACUAGAGGAGUCUCGUCAAGGUGGUAUUGAGGAUACGGACGAGAACCGUGAGGCCUACAGCGCCGGCGAGAAGGUGAUUGCCCAACUGGAUGCCGAGAUUCACAAGCUGCAACAGCAGAUGGAGCUGUUACGCAUCGAUCGCCGACAACUAGACGAGGAUCGACGGGACAGUGCCAAAGCAAGAGCCAAAGCCGAGUUGGCGGUCAAAAGCCUCUCUGAUAGCAUGUCCGCCCAGGAGCAAGCAAGGCAGGAGCACGAUACCGGAUUGAACCAGGUGAAGGCUUCCAUAAAGGCUAAGGAGGCUGAGCUUGCAAAGAUCAUCCCGGAAUUUGAAAAGAGAAAGCAAAAGGAGGCCGAAAUCAAGCAGACUCUGGACACGACUGAAGCAUCUCGCCAACGCCUAUUCACAAAGCAGACUCGCAGCAGCCAGUUCAGAAACAAAGCUGAGCGAGAUGCGUGGUUGAAAAAAGAGAUUGACGAACUAAACAUUACGCUGAGCCAGCAGAAGGCGAAUCGCUUGGAUGCUGAAGAAGAAGUAAAGGCCGUCCAUGCGUCCAUCAAGCAACUUCAAACGGAGGUCGCCAGUUUACGGGCAAAGAACGAAGGAUUUGGAGGCGCCAGACACGAGCUGGAUGAAGAAAGAACGAAUGCCAGGGACAACUACGACAAGCUCAACGAAGAACGGAAGCUGCUCCAGCGAGAAGAAGAGAAGCUGGAGAGGAUUGUAAGAGAUGCCCGAGAAGAGAGAGAUCAUGCUGAGCGCGAACUGUCACACACCAUGGAUGGCGUAACGUCUCGCGGCCUUGCGACCAUCCGCCGACUCAAACGCGAGAGGGAUAUUCCUGGCGCCUAUGGUACAGUUGCGGAGCUUCUAGAUGUGAGCGAGGCAUAUCGGUUGCCUACCGAGCAAAUCGCCGGUGCUAGCCUAUUCCAUUACAUUGUGGACAACGACGAGACAGCGACGUAUCUCGGAAAGCAUCUCCAGAAGACUUAUGGCGGCCGAAUCACCUUCAUGCCGCUCACAAAACUCAAGAUAGGGCCCGUCAAUAUGCCUAGAGCCAACGAUGCGGUUCCUCUGCUCAGCAAGAUACAAUAUGAUCCCAAGUAUGAGAAGGCUUUCCAGCAAGUUUUUGGCAAGGCCAUCGUCUGUCCCAACUUGACUGUGGCUGCUCAGUACGCUAGAAGUCACAAUAUCGAUGCCAUCACUCCUGAUGGUGACACAGCGAACAAGAGAGGUGCUUUGACGGGUGGUUUCAUCGACCGACGGAAGUCACGGCUGGAAGCUGUACGCGCAGUGAACAGGUGGCGGGAUGAGUACGAACGCCUACAGAGUCAGGCCGACGACAUCCAAAAGCAGAUUGAGCUGAAGGCUCAGGAAAUCACUCGAGCACUGGGCGAGUCUCGCAAGCUCGAGCAAAAGCUGCGCCACAUGGACGAUAGCUAUGAGCCCCUCAAAGCCGAAUUGAACGCAAAGGUUGGUCAAUUAGGAAGGGAGCAAGAUCGUCUCGAGGCUGCCAUCCAAAGGCGGGACGCUGUCGACAAGAACAUGAAGGACUUUGGCGAUAAUCUCGGUGCUCACGAGGCGGAGUUGGCUUCAGACUUUAAGAAAGCGCUGACGGCGAACGAGGAGCGGCAGCUUGACAGCCUUAGCGAGUCCGUCCGAGAUCUCCAGAAACAAUGGAGCGAAGUCAGCAAAAGUCGACGCGAAAUGGAGAGUCGCAAGCAGAUUCUUGAGGUGGAGCUACGGUCGAAUCUCCACCUUAAGCUCGACCAAUUGACAAGUCAAGCUUUCGAGUCUGCAACUGGUGGCGGCAGUGGAAGUCUCAAGGAAGCAAAGCGUGGCCUUAAGAAGGCGCAGGCCGCGGCUGCUGCAGUUGAGAGCAAACUUGAGGCGAACGAACAAGAGAUUGAUGCCGCAGAGUCCAAGAUCGGAAGUUUAGAGAAGCAAAAGUCCCAGAAAGAGACCGAGCAACAAGAGAUCGCAAGAGAGAUCUAUAAGCAGCAGAAACGUAUGGAGAAGAGCAUACAGAAGAAGGCAUUGCUGACUACCAAAGCCUCCGAGUGUGCAAAGAACAUUCGGGAUCUUGGCGUGUUGCCUGAAGAGGCUUUCGAGAAGUACGAGAGGUUGGAUGCGAAAAACAUUGCAACGCGGCUCAAGAAGGUUAACGACGCGCUCAAGAAGUACAAGCACGUCAACAAGAAGGCUUUCGAGCAAUACAACAGCUUCACCAACCAGCAGGACCAACUUCUCAAGCGCCGCAAGGAGCUGGAUCAGUCGCAAGGAUCCAUCGAGGAAUUGGUCGCCCACUUGGACCAGCGCAAGGACGAGGCCAUCGAACGCACGUUCAAGCAAGUGUCGAAGGAAUUUGCUACCAUUUUUGAGAAGCUGGUGCCAGCUGGUCAUGGCCGUUUGGUCAUUCAACGCAAGGCUGAUCGGCGCAUGGAUCCCGACGACUCGGAUGAGGAGCAACGUGGCAGCGUAGAGAAUUACACUGGCGUUGGCAUAAGUGUUUCGUUCAACUCGAAGCUCUUCGACGAGCAACAACGCAUCCAGCAACUUUCGGGUGGCCAGAAGAGUCUUUGCGCUCUCUGCCUGAUAUUUGCUCUGCAGCAGACUGACCCCAGUCCCAUGGUCAUCUUUGACGAGGUGGAUGCCAACCUCGACGCUCAGUACCGUACUGCAGUUGCCGGGCUGCUGCAGUCCAUCUCUACCGAGGCCGGCACGCAAUUUAUCUGCACCACUUUCCGCCCGGAAAUCGUACAUGUCGCCGACAAGUGCUACGGUGUUCUUUUUAGGAACAAGAACAGCAACAUCAACUGUGUGAGCACAGAACAGGCGCUGGAUUUCGUUGAGGGACAAGCGCCGCGAUAGAUAUCGGCAAUCGGAAAGGCGGAUUAAUUGAUUGAUUAGUGAUCAGGGGUUCGGAGUUCUUGUGGCUUGGCUUGUUGGUGUUGCGCCUGUACAAAAGCUUGGAGAACGAGUAUCAUGAGUUGUGAAGCUGAAUAGUAGCGAAUGGCUAGCUAGGCUGCCUUUCUACCGGUUAAUCACAUGAGCUAUUGACAAGAAUUUUACUUAACAAAGCAUGGGAUUUGCAAGGGCCUAUGUGUUAGUUCUAGUCUCUGGUUUAUUGGUACAACCUGCGCCAGACCGCUGUGUUGUCUCCCGAGGUCAUUGCAGACAACCACCCUAAUCCUAGCUUCCUUGGAC